CGAAACCAAGCUUGCCCUGUCCGCGACACGGCGAAAUCCAUAUCUGUUGAACCCAUCUUUCACAUCCUCAAUCCAGCUCGCAUUCAUUUGAGUGUCUACAUCCUAUCCACAUUGGUGCUCAUCUGAGAGCACGGAAGGUUCCAUCCAAACUCUGCGAGUAGCUUGCAGCUUUAUGGGAAAUCAUUCGUUUUCUAGGCGUUGUGUGCUUCGUCAAGUGACGUUGUGAUCAACUAUUUCAUCCACACUUGGCAGCAGGAUUGCAACUGAUCCCAUUCUCGGAGCGCGUUGUAAUUCUGCGGCUUUCGUCUGGGCUGGGUGUGCGAUUGAACCACAGCCAAAACCCCAAACCCCACGUUUUUUUCCUCUGAUUUUCGAUUGCUCAGAGUCCGUUUUUGCAGUCAUGGACACCGUGCUACAUGUGUCCGUGUCAUCGCCUUACUCUACCAUUGCAGCUCAUCGCCACAGCUCCGCGAAGAGGUUGGUACCAUCGUCAUCAACAGCUUGCUUGGUAAGCAGGAGGGGUUCAGCUGGAGCCUCUCUUCAAUCUCAUAAUGACGUCUUUUCCGCGUUUGCCCCUCAGCAGGCCGAAAAACUUUCUCGAAGCCGUCACACUCCAAUAUCUUCUACAGCAGUCUCUGCGUUUGAACCAUCACCGGGAGACUCUCAAGGAAACCUUGGGGAAGAUGGAGAAUCUUUGGACUGGAGACAAGCUGCGCUUGUGGUAGCUGGUGCAGUAGCGGGUCUUAGCACUGGGACUAUCCCGGCACUUUCUGCUGGAGAUGGAGGGGGUUUCGGUGGAUUCAUCUCUGGCGGAGGUGGCGGAGGCGGAGGUGGAGGAGGUUGGAGGUUCUGGCUGGAGAAUAUCGCUUGGGCAGAUGCAAGAAAGGAUGAAGAAGGUGCUGAUGCUUUUGAUUCCCACGGGCUACAAGUUGGCCGUACAGUGCCCGUUAGUAAGCUUAACCCUUCUAAGAGAUACAAGGUUGCAGAGGUGGUGCUUAUUGACAAGCGCACGAAUCAGCCUGUUAAUGUCAAAGAUGCGUUUUACGAGCUUGUUACCUUGCGAGCUGGUGGAGUUGCUACGAAAGCUCAAUUGGAGGCAGAAGUGGAGAAUCUGAUGAAUUGUGGGAUGUUUCAAAGUGUGGAGAUGGAUGGGGUGACCAACCUUGAUGGAAGCCUGAAAAUGCAAAUUUCUUUUACUGAGAGCCAAUGGCAACCUGCAGACUCGUUUAGAUGUGUGAAUGUAGGAUUGUUAUCCCAAAGCAAGGGUCCUGAGGGUGAUGAGAAAAUGACGGAUCAACAACGAGAAGAACUUGCAAAGUCGCAGGAAGAGGAGUACAAGAACAGACUUAGACAAGCUCGCCCUUGCAUGCUCCCUAAGAGUGUGGAGCGUGAGAUUUCUAGCUGGCUACGUGGAGAGACCCGCGUGACUGCCCGCAUGCUGCAGCGCAUUCGAGACCGUGUGCAGAAGUGGUACCAUGAUGAAGGGUACGCUUGUGCUCAGGUGGUCAACUUUGGAAACUUGAACACAAAUGAGGUUGUUUGUGAAGUAGUGGAAGGUGAUAUUACCAAGCUACAAAUACAAUUUCAGGACAAAAUGGGCUUCCCCUCUGUAGGUCGAACACAAGAAGUCAUUAUUAAGCGAGAAUUGCCUGAUCAAUUGAAAGCAGGUAAUAUUUUCAAUAUCGAAGCUGGUAAGAAGGCACUGAGAAAUGUCAAUGCUCUAGCUUUGUUUUCAAACAUUGAAGUCAACCCACGCCCUGAUGAAGAUAACGACGGCGGUAUCGUGGUUGAGGUAAAGUUGAAGGAAUUAGAGCAGAAGACGGCUGAAGUCAGCACCGAGUGGAGUAUUGUGCCUGGCAAUAACGGACGACCUGUUCUGUCCACUAUUCAGCCUGCUGGGAGUGUGACAUUUGAACAUCGUAAUCUACAAGGGUUGAACCGCUCCAUUCUUGGUGUUGUGACUUCCAACAACCUCUUCAAUCCUCAGGACGACCUUGGAUUUAAAGCAGAGUAUGUUCAUCCAUGUGUUGAUGGGGUCAAUAAUCCUCGUAACCGCACAUUUCGGGCCAGCUGCUUUAAUAGCCGGAAACUUAGUGCUGUUUUUACGGGAGGCCCUGGGGUGGAGGAUGUUCCAUCAGUGUGGGUAGACCGUGCCGGCUUCAAAGCAAAUCUGACUGAGUGUUUCACCCGGCAGAGUAAGUUCACCUAUGGCCUAGUGUUGGAAGAAGUAACAACAAGAGACGAGACCAGUUCUAUAUGUGUUCAUGGCGCUCGUACCUUACCAAGUGGGGCUCUUACCAGUGAUGGUCCCCCAACUACACAUAGCGACACAGGCAUUGACAGGGUGGCAUUUUUGCAAGCUAAUUUAACUCAUGAUAAUACUCAAUUUGUGAACGGAACACCUAUCGGUGAUCGGCAUAUUUUUCAGGUGGAUCAAGGCCUUGGGAUUGGCAGUAAGAACCCCAUUUUCAACCGGCAUCAAUUGACAGUGACCAAGUUCAUUCAACUGCAACCAGAAGAUAAGUUAGACCCUGAGAAGCCCCCUCUAGUCGGAGUUAUUCAUGGCAGAUAUGGAGGUUGUUUGGGGGACUUGGCAAGCUAUGAUGCUUUUACUCUUGGUGGUCCUUAUUCUGUGCGUGGAUACACCAUGGGUGAACUUGGUGCCGCCCGAAACUUCCUCGAGAUGGCUCUGGAAUUGCGAGUACCCGUGAAGAAGACUCAUGCCUAUUGUUUUGCUGAGUAUGGAACUGAUCUUGGGAGCUCGAAGGAUGUUCGUGGCAACCCAACUGAAUUUUUCAGACGUGCAGGAAAGGGGGCAUCGUAUGGUGUGGGUGUGAAACUGGGAUCUAUCAGGACUGAGUAUGCCAGGGAUUGUAACACUGACACAGGUGCAAUCUUUGUUCGAUUUGGGGAGCGGUUUUAAGUUCAGGGGUUGACACUGUUGAACUUAUAUAGGUCAUAUUUUAUCCUGCAUUCAUGAUUUGAUGAUCAUGUAAGAUAUAAGGAACUUCAUCUGGAGUUGGACAAGAUGUUCAUUCAAGUUUUAGCCAUUUGGACAUAUGCACCUUUACAAUGGUUUAGAGUGCAUAAUCUGACGGUGGUUUCGGCUCAUUUAGCCCAGAGCUUUGUAGCCUUUUGUUAGCAUGGAGAGGCAUCUAAUUUUUCCCGUCAAUGUUCCUUUCUCGCUGGAGCUCACAUUAGUUGCAUAGUGUCCAUUUCACUAAUUUAGAUAUUCAAUCUUGAGAUAAUGUAGCAAAAUAGGACUUGUGGGAAAGUGUCGAAGCUAAAGAUGAAGCUCCAUUUCAGAAGAAAUCGUUUGAUCAUUACACUAGUUGGAAACAUCUACACAAUACAGAGUUUGGCAACUUUUUAUUUCACAUUG